CCCUCGCCGCGCACUCCUCCUAGUAACUUCUGUUCGGGGAGGCGCUGCCAGGAAUAACCCGGUGCAUCCACAGCCCGGGAGGGGAGGCGGCCGCUGCGGCUCCCGCACGCAGACAGCUGCGGCCCGGGCCUCGCGGCUCCCGCCUGAGCCCGGCUGCUCCUACCCCGGGCCCAUCUCCGUACAGUGUCAGAAAAAUAAAUAAAGGCUAGAGGAGCCUGGGCUGGCGGUCGGGAUCUCUUCCCUCCCUCCGCGCCCGCCCUCCCUCUGUCCUUAAGGAAAUGCUACCAGACACCCCCCACCAGACACGCUCAGCCUUGGCGAGGAGCGGCCGCCGCGGCAGCAAGAACAAGGGCACCAGGGGGGUUUCCUCCCCCUCCUCCUCUCCCUCCUCCUCCUCCCCGUCCUCCUUCUCCUCCUCCUCAGCGGUGACUUUCCAGGUGAGCGGCCGCCGCGGCUGCGAGGAUCCCCCUCGCCCGCUCGGGCUUGGGCCGCCGCGUCGCGCCCUCCUCCCGCCCCUGUCACCCGGCGGCGGCCGGGAGCUGACAGCCGCCCGAGGGGCUCGCGGCCCGGAGGCGGGCGGCCGGCGGGAGGCGGGCUGGAGGUGAGGGGGUGGAGAGGAGGAGAGCGGGGCGCCGCCGAGCGCCGUCGCUUCCCGGAGGAGGGUCUCCGCACAAACAUCUUCGGUGACUGUGGCACAAGUCUUUGCCAAGUUGUGUCUUGGACCUUGACGCUCCCCGGAGCCCAGAGCAACUUGGAGGGUCUCCCGGCUCGUUCACAGCGUUCCUCCACGUCUCGCCUCUGGGGUGCUGGGUGCAGCCUCGGGGUGCGCGGAGGCCGGACCGGCCACCGCGAGAGCGGAGCGGCGGGAAUCUAGGUCCCUCCUCGGCUCGGUGGAGCCUUUGAAUUUUUUAAAAGAUCACAGUAAUCAGAUCUACCUGAAAAAUUAAGUGAAUUGAUUUGAUUGGAAUGCUCUUUUGCCGAUUCUUUAACAUACAGCCAUUAGGGGAAGUGGUAUGAUGUAUGUUCUCCACAGGAAAUGGAAAACGGCAGCUGAACUGUGUGUGAGCCCAGAUUCCCAGAAGUUGUGCAUGAGUUCCUGUGAGGAGAGUUGGCAUCUUGGAAAUCAAAGACGGUUGUGAUGCAGUUUUUUGAUAUGUGGAUAACAGGAAGCGUCAGGACAAUCAUGCCCAUGAGAGCUCUAAACUGUUCAGGUCAUUUUAUCGUAGUGAAACUGGCAAUUGAACUUUGCUGUAGUUGAUGGGCAAAAUUUCUUCUAGACUAUUCAUCAUCCAAUUUCAUCCUAGUUGAAAAUUUUCAAAUGCCAUAAGAAAUCUUUAUAGAUUUGCACUUAGCUUUUGGAUGGACAUUUCUACAAUGGAGAGAACUGUGUUAUAGCCCUGGUCCAAGGACAUUACUAUCUAAUGCCCAUUGACUGUGGUGUGCGUGUGGAAGGUUCCAAAGAGAAGGAGCAAUCAGCAAGUUUGCAGACCCCUUGGAACAUGAAAGCAACCAAGCUUUAAGAAGCACAGAUUUGGAGAUACUCCAUGAGUCUGCACCGCUUUCAGGGGAACUAGCACUUAAGACCUUGUGUAACAAAAUGGACACUGGGGACACAGCUCUAGGACAAAAGGCUACCUCAAGGUCUGGAGAAACUGAUAAAGCAUCAGGUAGAUGGAGACAGGAACAAUCGGCUGUUAUUAAGAUGAGCACUUUUGGCAGUCAAGAAGGACAGCGGCAACCACAAAUAGAGCCUGAGCAAAUCGGAAACACAGCAUCAGCACAACUGUUUGGUUCUGGGAAACUGGCCUCCCCUAGUGAAGUGGUGCAGCAAGUCACAGAGAAGCAAUAUCCACCGCAUCGUCCAAGUCCUUACUCAUGCCAACACUCACUCUCUUUCCCUCAGCACUCAUUGCCACAGGGGGUCAUGCACAGCACCAAGCCACAUCAGAGCCUCGAAGGUCCUCCGUGGCUUUUCCCUGGCCCUUUGCCAUCCGUUGCCUCCGAGGACUUAUUUCCUUUUCCUAUACAUGGCCACAGUGGUGGUUAUCCUAGAAAAAAGAUUUCAAGUCUGAACCCUGCUUAUAGCCAGUACUCCCAGAAAAGUAUCGAACAGGCAGAAGAAGCUCACAAGAAAGAGCACAAACCCAAAAAGCCUGGCAAGUACAUUUGCCCUUACUGCAGCAGAGCGUGUGCCAAACCUAGUGUACUGAAAAAACACAUCAGGUCCCAUACUGGGGAGCGGCCAUAUCCAUGUAUACCUUGUGGUUUCUCUUUCAAGACAAAGAGCAAUUUGUACAAGCACAGGAAGUCACAUGCCCAUGCAAUUAAGGCAGGAUUAGUACCUUUCACAGAGUCAGCUGUAUCUAAAUUGGACCUAGAGGCUGGUUUUAUUGAUGUAGAAGCAGAAAUACAUUCAGAUGGUGAACAGAGUACAGACACAGAUGAGGAGAGUUCUUUAUUUGCCGAGGCUUCUGACAAAAUGAGUCCUGGCCCACCCAUCCCACUGGACAUUGCCAGCAGAGGUGGCUAUCAUGGGUCAUUGGAAGAAUCAUUGGGAGGUCCAAUGAAGGUGCCGAUUUUGAUUAUUCCUAAAAGUGGGAUUCCUCUCCCUAAUGAAACCUCUCAGUAUAUUGGCCCUGAUAUGCUACCAAAUCCAUCUUUAAAUACUAAGGCUGAUGAUUCGCACACAGUCAAACAGAAACUUGCACUAAGACUGUCAGAGAAAAAAGGACAAGAUUCUGAGCCAUCGCUCAACCUUCUGAGCCCGCACAGUAAAGGAAGCACUGAUUCUGGUUACUUUUCUCGCUCAGAAAGUGCUGAGCAGCAAAUAAGCCCUCCCAACACAAAUGCAAAGUCUUAUGAAGAAAUCAUCUUUGGAAAAUACUGUCGGCUUAGUCCGAGAAACGCACUCAGUGUUACAACCACAAGUCAGGAGCGUGCUGCAAUGGGUAGGAAGGGCAUAAUGGAACCAUUACCUCACGUAAACACCAGGUUAGAUGUCAAGAUGUUUGAAGAUCCUGUUUCACAGCUGAUCCCAAACAAGGGAGACGUUGACCCCAGUCAAACGAGCAUGCUGAAAUCCACUAAGUUCAACAGUGAGUCUAGACAACCCCAGAUUAUUCCAUCAUCUAUCAGGAAUGAAGGAAAACUUUAUCCAGCAAACUUCCAAGGCAGUAACCCAGUUCUCUUAGAAGCUCCUGUAGACUCUUCACCCCUUAUUAGAAGCAACUCAAUGCCAACGUCUUCAGCAACUAAUCUAACUAUUCCUCCUUCUUUGAGAGGAAGUCACUCAUUUGAUGAAAGGAUGACUGGUUCCGACGAUGUAUUCUAUCCAGGGACUGUGGGCAUACCCCCUCAGCGCAUGCUAAGAAGACAAGCAGCAUUUGAACUGCCUUCAGUACAGGAGGGCCAUGUGGAGGUCGAGCACCAUGGCAGGAUGUUGAAGGGUGUCAGCAGUUCAUCCCUGAAGGAAAAGAAAUUGUCUCCUGGGGACAGGAUUGCGUAUGACUAUGACAUCUGUCGGAAACCCUAUAAGAAGUGGGAGGACUCUGAAACACCAAAGCAAGGCUACAGGGACAUUUCCUGCUUGAGUUCUUUAAAACAUGGUGGAGAAUAUUUCAUGGAUCCUGUGGUGCCAUUGCAGGGAGUACCAAGCAUGUUUGGAACUACCUGUGAAAACAGGAAACGCCGGAAAGAGAAGAGCGUAGGGGAUGAAGAGGACACCCCCAUGAUCUGCAGCAGCAUCGUAAGCACUCCCAUGGGCAUCAUGGCUUCCGAUUAUGACCCCAAACUGCAGAUACAGGAAGGAGUCAGGAGUGGAUUUGCCGUGGCUGGACACGAAAACCUUUCUCAUGGUCACACGGAACGCUUUGACCCAUGUCGGCCCCAACUGCAGCCUGGAAGUCCAUCUCUUGUGUCAGAGGAGUCACCUUCAGCCAUUGAUUCAGACAAGAUGUCAGACCUAGGGGGCAGGAAACCUCCUGGAAAUGUGAUUUCUGUGAUUCAGCACACCAACUCGCUGAGCCGACCCAAUUCAUUUGAAAGAUCUGAGUCAGCCGAACUUGUGGCUUGCACACAGGAUAAAGCCCCUUCCCCUUCAGAGACUUGUGACAGUGAGAUUUCAGAAGCCCCAGUGAGUCCUGAGUGGGCUCCACCCGGGGAUGGUGCAGAAAGUGGGGGCAAACCCUCUCCAUCUCAGCAGGUGCAGCAGCCGUCCUAUCACACACAGCCCAGGCUAGUUCGGCAACACAACAUCCAGGUUCCUGAGAUUCGAGUGACCGAGGAGCCUGAUAAACCCGAGAAGGAGAAAGAAGCCCAGAGCAAAGAACCAGAGAAGCCUGUGGAAGAAUUUCAGUGGCCCCAGAGAAGUGAGACCCUUUCCCAGCUCCCCGCAGAGAAAUUGCCACCCAAAAAGAAGCGUCUGCGACUUGCCGAUAUGGAGCAUUCCUCAGGGGAGUCCAGCUUUGAAUCCACAGGCACAGGCCUCUCCCGCAGCCCCAGCCAAGAAAGCAACUUGUCUCACAGCUCCAGUUUCUCCAUGUCUUUUGAAAGAGAAGAAACUAGUAAGCUUUCUGCACUUCCUAAGCAGGAUGAGUUUGGGAAGCAUUCAGAGUUUCUGACUGUCCCUGCUGGUUCAUACUCAUUGUCUGUCCCAGGCCAUCACCACCAGAAAGAGAUGCGACGCUGCUCAUCAGAGCAGAUGCCUUGUCCUCACCCAGCAGAAGUCCCAGAAGUUCGCAGCAAAUCAUUUGAUUAUGGGAAUCUGUCCCAUGCUCCUGUGUCAGGAGUGGCAGCCUCCACGGUAUCACCAUCCAGGGAGAGGAAGAAAUGCUUUCUGGUGCGGCAAGCUUCCUUCAGUGGCUCCCCAGAAAUCUCCCAGGGUGAGGCCAGCAUGGAUCAGAGUGUGAAGCAGGAGCAGCUGGAGCACCUGCAUGCUGGCCUCCGGUCCGGGUGGCACCAUGGCCUGCCUGCUGUGCUGCCUCCUCUUCAGCAAGAGGACCCAGGGAAGCAGGUGGUGGGUCCUUGUCCCCCGCUGAGCUCAGGGCCACUGCACCUGGCCCAACCACAGAUCAUGCACAUGGACAGUCAGGAAUCUUUGAGAAAUCCCUUGAUCCAACCAACAUCCUAUAUGACAAGCAAACACUUACCUGAACAGCCACACUUAUUUCCACAUCAAGAGACAAUUCCAUUUUCUCCAAUCCAGAAUGCCUUGUUUCAGUUUCAAUAUCCUACAGUUUGUAUGGUUCAUUUACCAGCUCAGCAGCCUCCCUGGUGGCAGGCGCACUUCCCACAUCCCUUUGCUCAGCCCCCUCAGAAGAGCUAUGGCAAGCCCUCUUUUCAGACAGAAAUCCAUUCAAGCUAUCCCUUAGAGCAUGUGGCAGGGAACACUGGAAAGAAACCUACUGAGUAUGCACACACGAAAGAGCAGACCUACCCGUGUUAUUCAGGAGCAUCAGGGCUACACCCAAAGAACCUUCUUCCAAAGUUUCCAUCAGAGCAGAGCAGUAAGUCAACUGAAACGCCCUCUGAGCAGGUUCUUCAAGAAGAUUUUGCCUCGGCAAAUGCUGGGCCUUUGCAGUCCCUCCCGGGAACAGUGGUUCCUGUUCGGAUCCAAACACACGUACCAUCUUAUGGAAGUGUCAUGUACACAAGCAUUUCUCAGAUACUUGGGCAGAAUAGCCCUGCCAUUGUCAUAUGCAAAGUCGAUGAGAAUAUGACCCAAAGGACACUGGUCACCAACGCAGCCAUGCAAGGGAUAGGAUUCAACAUUGCCCAGGUGCUGGGGCAGCAUGCUGGCUUGGAGAAGUACCCCAUUUGGAAAGCACCUCAGACUUUACCCCUCGGCUUAGAAUCCUCAAUCCCCUUGUGUUUACCUUCCACCUCUGACAGCGUGGCCACCCUGGGAGGUAGCAAGCGAAUGCUUUCUCCAGCCAGUAGCUUGGAGCUCUUCAUGGAAACCAAGCAGCAGAAAAGGGUCAAAGAAGAAAAGAUGUAUGGACAGAUUGUGGAGGAGCUUAGUGCUGUGGAGCUGAACAACUCAGACAUCAAAAAGGACCUCUCUCGCCCCCAGAAACCCCAGCUGGUUCGACAAGGGUGUGCUUCUGAGCCAAAAGAUGGCUUGCAGUCGGGGUCAUCUUCCUUCUCCUCUCUGUCGCCCUCCUCAUCUCAAGACUAUCCUUCUGUUAGCCCGUCUUCCAGGGAGCCAUUCCCACCCAGCAAGGAGAUGCUUUCUGGUUCCCCGGCACCACUUCUGGGGCAGAAGUCCAGUGGGCCUUCUGAAAGCAAAGAAUCUUCAGAUGAAUUAGAUAUCGAUGAGACGGCAUCGGACAUGAGCAUGAGCCCACAGAGUUCUUCAUUACCAGCGGGAGAUGGUCAGCCGGAAGAGGAAAGGAAGGGCCACAAGCGGCCUGUUGGCAUGCUGGUCCGCAUGGCCUCUGCCCCCAGUGGGAACGUGGCAGAUUCAACUCUUCUUCUCACGGACAUGGCAGAUUUCCAGCAGAUUCUUCAGUUCCCCAGUCUGCGGACAACGACUACUGUGAGUUGGUGCUUCUUGAAUUAUACAAAACCCAGUUAUGUGCAACAGGCCACCUUCAAAUCCUCAGUUUAUGCUUCAUGGUGCAUUAGUUCCUGUAACCCAAACCCAUCAGGAUUGAACACCAAGACCACGCUGGCUCUGCUGAGGUCCAAGCAAAAAAUCACUGCAGAAAUUUAUACUCUGGCUGCUAUGCAUAGGCCAGGAACCGGCAAGCUUACAUCAUCAAGUGCUUGGAAGCAGUUUACUCAGAUGAAACCUGAUGCAUCCUUUUUAUUUGGCAGCAAACUAGAAAGGAAACUAGUGGGAAAUAUCUUAAAGGAAAGAGGGAAAGGAGAUAUUCAUGGAGAUAAAGAUAUUGGAUCCAAACAAACUGAGCCAAUCCGAAUUAAAAUAUUUGAAGGAGGGUACAAAUCAAAUGAAGAUUACGUAUAUGUCAGAGGACGUGGCCGUGGAAAGUACAUUUGUGAAGAAUGUGGGAUUCGCUGUAAGAAGCCAAGCAUGCUCAAAAAACACAUCCGUACUCAUACUGAUGUUCGGCCUUAUGUAUGCAAGUUAUGUAACUUUGCCUUCAAAACGAAAGGAAACCUGACAAAGCAUAUGAAAUCUAAAGCACACAUGAAAAAAUGCCUGGAAUUGGGAGUCUCAAUGACAUCAGUGGAUGAUACAGAAACUGAGGAAGCAGAAAAUAUGGAAGAUUUGCACAAAGCAGCAGAGAAGCAUAGCAUGUCCAGCAUUUCAACUGAUCAUCAGUUCUCAGAUGCCGAGGAAUCAGAUGGUGAGGAUGGAGAUGAUAAUGAUGAUGAUGAUGAAGAUGAGGAUGACUUUGACGACCAGGGAGAUUUAACACCAAAAACAAGAUCAAGAAGCACGAGUCCUCAGCCUCCUAGAUUCUCCUCUUUGCCUGUGAAUGUUGGCACCGUACCCCACGGGGUUCCUUCAGAUAAUUCCCUGGGACAUUCUUCAUUGAUCAGCUAUUUGGUUACUUUGCCAAGUAUUCGAGUUACUCAGCUUAUGACACCCAGUGACUCAUGUGAAGAUACCCAGAUGACAGAAUACCAGAGGCUAUUCCAGAGCAAAAGCACGGACUCAGAACCAGACAAAGACAGAUUGGACAUACCUAGUUGUAUGGAUGAGGAGUGCAUGCUACCUUCAGAGCCAAGCUCCUCUCCCAGGGACUUCUCACCCUCAAGUCGCCAUUCCUCUCCAGGAUAUGAUUCUUCACCCUGCCGAGAUAAUUCACCAAAGAGGUAUCUGAUACCCAAAGGAGAUUUAUCUCCCAGAAGACAUUUAUCACCUAGGAGAGAUCUGUCACCCAUGAGACAUCUUUCACCAAGAAAGGAAGCUGCAUUGAGAAGAGAGAUGUCCCAAAGAGAUGUUUCACCAAGAAGGCAUUUGUCUUCAAGGAGGCCAGUGUCUCCUGGGAAAGAUAACACAGCGAGAAGAGACCUCUCUCCUAGAAGAGAGAGAAGAUACAUGACCACCAUAAGAGCGCCAUCUCCCAGAAGGGCUUUAUAUCAUAACCCGCCAUUGUCCGUGGGGCAGUAUUUGCAAGCAGAACCAAUUGUAUUGGGGCCUCCUAACUUAAGAAGAGGAUUACCUCAGGUUCCUUACUUCAGUCUCUAUGGAGACCAAGAAGGUGCUUAUGAACAUCCAGGCUCCAGCCUUUUCCCGGAGGGUCCUGAUGACUAUGUCUUCAGUCAUCUUCCACUCCACUCUCAGCAACAAGUGCGAGCUCCUAUCCCCAUGGUGCCCGUUGGUGGGAUCCAGAUGGUUCACUCCAUGCCGCCAGCCCUUUCCAGUUUACAUCCUCCACCCACGUUGCCCCUGCCAAUGGAGGGCUUUGAGGAGAAGAAAGGCGCGCCUGGGGAGUCCUUCUCCAAGGACCCCUAUGUGCUUUCUAAGCAGCAUGAGAAACGAGGUCCUCACGCUUUGCAGUCAUCUGGUCCACCUAGCACUCCCUCCUCUCCUCGGCUAUUGAUGAAACAGAGCACUUCAGAAGACAGCCUAAACGCAACAGAGCGGGAACAGGAGGAAAAUAUACAGACUUGUACAAAAGCCAUUGCCUCUCUCCGGAUUGCCACAGAAGAGGCAGCUCUGCUUGGGGCAGAUCAGCCAGCGCGGGUGCAGGAGCCCCACCAGAACCCCCUAGGAAGUGCACAUGUUAGCAUUAGACACUUUAGUAGACCUGAGCCAGGUCAGCCCUGUACCUCAGCCACCCACCCUGACUUGCAUGAUGGUGAAAAGGACAAUUUUAGUACAUCACAGACUCCAUUAGCUCACUCCACGUUUUACAGCAAGAGUUGUGUGGAUGACAAGCAGUUGGACUUUCACAGCAGCAAGGAAUUAUCUUCAAGCACAGAGGAAGGCAAAGAUCCUUCGUCAGAAAAGAGUCAACUACAUUGAUCUACGAUGCAUGGAGACUUUCAUUUCCACAUUUUCCCUUUUUUUUUUUUUGUUUUGUUUUGUUUUUCUAGAAAUGGAGGUAAUCAAGUUUAUAGCAUGCCUGUCCUAAGUUACAGUAGUUUGCUAUUAUAUAUACUUUUGUUAUAUCAAAAGAAUUAGGUAAAUUAACAAGUCAUCAUGAGCCUGACCAAAACAAAAUUUGAAAUUAACCUAUUGGGUCUGGUACUUUUAAAAUUGUACAGAUGUUUGUGCCUUUUCUUUACUUUGCUUAUAUUCUUAUAAGCAUUUUUUAGCAGUAAUUUGUACAUAUUUUAGAAUUUGUGUAUCUGCUUUGUAAUAAAUGUAAUUUCUUUCCUUUUUUGGACACUUGGAUCUAAAUGAUGUAAAGCAAAACAGCAUCAAUAUAUAUGUGAGGUUGCACUAAAACAUAUUUUUAUAUGAUUAAAACUGAACAGCUUUUAUGUACAGCUCUGAUUCUGUAAUACUAAUAUUUAUUUACUUUGUUUCAUAAAUUGUACAUUUUUUCUUAAUGUUGUGGAUUGCUUUUCUAUGUGAAGCAUGGGAUUUACUGUUGCGUAACUAGAACAAAAAUGUACAUUGUAAACAAGAUAUUUAAACUAGAGUAUCUUAUUCUGCACUUAUGCAUUAGUUAAAAAAAAAGAUAAAGGAUGUAUCAGUCAGUUCUUAACUCUUGUAUAUUUUUUUGUCUCUUGUUUGCUGGAUUGACUAUAACUUAAGUGCUGAUUGUGAUUUUAAAAUGAUAGUACCGUAAAGCAUUAAAGUAAACAAUGUGCUAUUGUGAGUUUUUUCAAAGCUUUAUAAAUCAGUUAUAAAUAAUAUUAAAAGUAUUUGGUCUUAUGUGAACAUGUUGAUCUAUAUACUCAUCUAAAAAUAUGGGAAAACAUUCCACCCCAUGUAAAUAUGUACAAGUGCAUCACUGGUACAAUUUUAUGUAACUCAGUUGGACACUAGGUUGCCACAGACCUAUGCUAGGUGUCUUUAAAAAAUUAAAGUGACAAAGCACAUGGGACUGUGUAGAGCUUGGUUAUCGGCCGGCCCGGUGGCUUGGCAGGCAGUGCUGUGCGCUGCUCAUGGAGAAGACCUGGGCUUAGAGUCUCCUUAGUUCUUGCUACACAGGAUGGUGACUGGAACUAAGGCUGCACAGAGGGUCGCACUUGGACUCUGAGGGUUGGGUGUGGAAGGGGGAAAAGGGGAUGGAAACCUGCUCACCAGCUCUUCCUGUCAGCCAGUUUACAUGGGAACAGGGUUAACAUCUGUGUUAAGGGAGGUCACCUUACCCUUUUGCAUAGGGUAAGAGUGUCAGACUCCUGGCUAUCUCAGGGGGAAUGGAGAAAAGAAUCUUUCAAGGGCAAAGAACUCGUGGGAGGAUGUCUGUUGUAUGUAAUACUCACAAUGGCUUUUGGUUAGUGUUGAAGGUGGAAAGAGCCUUUGUAGGUCCAGAAGGGUGGAAGAGAGGGAGGGGUACAGCAACAUGUGCACAGGCACGCACAUGUGUGCACGCACACACACAAUCUGGGUUAUCUUUGUGCUAUAUAGUGGAUUAUAAUUCUGUGAAACCAAGUUUGUAUAUUGAAUUACAUUAAGGAGUGUUCUUUAAAAAGAGAAAUAAAUAUACAAUUACAUGCUU